AUGGGGAUUAUUGGGGAGAAGAUGGGAAUAGAUUUUAUCAUUUCGGUUGGUGAUAACUUUUAUGAAGAUGGAUUGACGGAUGAAAAUGAUCCUGCAUUUGAUGAAUCAUUUACCAAAAUCUACACAGCCCCAAGCUUACAGAAGCAAUGGUACUCUGUUUUGGGCAACCAUGACUAUAGAGGUAAUGCUUUGGCUCAACUGAGUCCCAUUCUUACAAACAGGGAUAGCAGGUGGCUUUGCCUCAAAUCUUACAUUGUCAAUGCAGUUUUGGGCAACCAUGACUAUAGAGGUAAUGCUUUGGCUCAACUGAGUCCCAUUCUUACAAACAGGGAUAGCAGGUGGCUUUGCCUCAAAUCUUAUAUUGUCAAUGCAGAAAUUGUAGAAUUCUUCUUCAUGGAUACUACUCCAUUCCAAGAUAAAUAUUUUACGGAUCCAGGGGACAGUACCUAUGACUGGAGAGGUGUGCUGCCUAGGGACCAAUACCUUUCUAAAGUUUUAAAGGAUGUAGAUUCAGCAUUGAAGGAAUCGAGUGCAAAAUGGAAGAUUGUGGUGGGUCACCACACAAUACAAAGUGCUGGGCAGCAUGGUAACACCAAGGAACUCGUAAAGCAAUUACUUCCAAUCCUUCAGGCAAACAACGUUGAUCUUUAUGUAAAUGGACACGACCACUGCUUGCAACACAUUAGUAGCUCUGACAGUCGUCUUCAAUUUCUAACCAGCGGUGGCGGGUCGAAGGCGUGGAGGGGUGACAUCAGCUGGUGGAACCCGGGAGAGAUGAAGCUCUACUACGACGGACAAGGCUUCAUGACGAUGCACAUUACUCAGACUGAAGUUGAGGUCGUGUUCUAUGAUAUCUUUGGCAGUGUUAUGCACAAAUGGAGUACAUUCAAGUCACUUGACUCUGCAAUAUGA